AGUCGGUAGCUGGUAGUGGAAGAAGGAGGAGCUCCGACUGUGCUGUCUCAUGGCAGUUUUUGUGCCUCUCGGCACUUGUCAUGUUUGUUUGUUUUUCAGAGAAGUCAGCAGGUCCCUGACCUCAUAGACCAGCCAGUUUGGGAGGUGGCACCAGAGUAAGGGCUGAGGCCCCAGAUCUGCCUGGGGUCAGGCUGCUUCUACAAGUGCUGUGCCAGCCUCAGUAGUGUGGCUGCUGGGACAGCACCGUUUCAGUUUCAUCAAAGACUCAGGCAGGAGUGGAGAGGAGUGUGGGUGCCCCAUGGAGUGUAUACUGACCUGUUGUAUCGACUCCACCUGUAGCUGGUGCAGGGGGAAGGUGGCACCCUGUUAUGAAUCUGUUAUUUAUGAGGCUGUGGCUGCUGCAACCUCAGAAUCCACUACUGUAGAGCCUGGCAAGCUGAAUGUAGGAGCCACAGAGGGCCAUGACCUGCAGCACAUCGGCAACCAAAAGAUUCCAACAGUCCCCCCUGAUGGCCACCUGAGUUUAAAAUCUCUGCCACCAAGUGAGGAAGAUAAUGAUGAUGCCCAGAUUUUACCACCGCAUGUCCUGG